AUGGACGGCUGCCCGGAUGAGGUCCUGCUCAAAAUCUGCAACCGCCUAGACUUCAAAGAUGUGGCAAAUCUGCGGAGGGUCAACAAACACCUGGCCGAGGUCGGAGCUGAGGCACUGGUGAAGAGAGUACGUUUCCACUGCAGUCAAGAGUCACUUGAGCGUCUCCAUGCCAUCGCCAACCAUGAUGUGUUCAACAAGUACGUGGACACCGUUGUCUUUGAGGGCAAUAUUCUGGCCAACGUUGGUUGCAUCCACACCUACACGGCACAUUACAAACUUGACCAUCACAAUAAUGACAGACCACAACCACCGGGGAAAAAUGCUACCGCUCGGGAGAGGAGGCUGUAUGAACGCAAUGUGGCCAAAUUCAACCAUGACAUGAUGGUCAAAUAUGAGCGAUACCGCAAUUUCUAUGACCGGCAACAGAAAGUGCUCAAAUCAACCGCCUAUGACGACCUCAUCUCACCCAGCAUUCCAUGCUUCCCACGACUUGAAAACAUUGUCUUAUCCACGAUCGGCAGGUGCAAACACGUCCUGUCGAAACGAUUCCUCGAGAUGUUUGCGGUCGACUGUGCCAUGCCGCCCGAGUCCGACACCAAAUACACCAAAGAGCAAUUGAAGCACCUCCUGUUUCCACGGGGUGAGCCUCUGACUACCCUUCGCUCCUUGGAAGUGAACGUCGUCAGCCCCAAGUUCUUCGCCGGAUAUUUGCCUCGCGAUCUGAUGUGUCAGGCCUUCCAAAACCUCAAAAUCAUCAACCUCAAUUUCCGCCUCGAGAAAGAUGAUCGAUACGAUCUGGAGUAUCUCACGGCGGACUCCUGCUACAAGGGCUUGAAUGAAGGACAUCUUCGAGCUGCGCUCGCGGCAGCUGAGGGCCUGCAAGAUCUGACCAUCAAUUUCGACGACUUCGGCUUCUUCGGGGCGUGUACGGACAUCAAGCAUGUGUUGGGUGAUCAUUCCUGGCCAAACCUCGACACACUGGACUUGGACUGCAUGUCAGCCACGGAGGACAAUCUCUUAAGCAUGUUGAAACGCCAGCCGGCCCUUCGGAGCCUCAAGUUGGGCUUCAUCACCCUCGAAGAAGGAAGAUGGCCCACUGCCACGUUGCAGAUGCGCAGAGACCUGAAACUCACCAAGUUUGCCGCGCAUGGUUUCCUGGAAGAUCCGGACCAAAUGUAUCCUAUGCAUUUCAUCGAUGCCGAGGCCUAUCUUGUCGAUUUCACCCACUCUACUCUGGACGCAGCCCUCGACGUUUAUGUCACCGACAGUUUUGACGAGUCUGAUGACUAUCACCCCCUGGAGGACACCGAAUUCGCCGAUCCGGAGGAUGUCCGCGAAGAAUACGGUCCAUUUGACGACUCGGAAUUUUCCGACAUGGAUUGCAGCGACUAG